AUGGAUAACAUUAACGAGGAGAAUCAUCAGCAGUCGUCGCUACUGGACAACGCGACCGUCCUGAGCGAAGCGCUAUCGUUGUUUCAGGACUACGGUCUGCCGGGAAACGACGUUCUGACCGUGGAAACGAUUCGCGUCAUGCGCAGGCCGCGAUGCGGCGUCGCGGACAUUCGCGCCUACAGCCCGUUGACGAGAAAGUGGCCGAGGACGCAUCUCACGUGGAACUUCAAACUAGCGAACAGAGAUACUCUGCGCACGACUCAGAGCGCGUUCGCUCUGUGGUCCGAGCAAUCCGCUCUGACGUUCUCGCGCGACUCAUUGCGCCCCGAUAUACUGAUAUCCUAUCAAUCCGGCGCUCACGCGUACGAGAACAGCGACAACGGGGGCUCGUGCCCGUCGUCGUUCGCGGGACCGGGAUCGGUCGUCGCUCACGCGUUUUUUCCGACGGGAGAGCCCGAUCAAGUGACCGAGGUGCACGUCGACGAGACGGAGCCGUGGCACAUUACGCUGACCAAGCCCUCGUCGGACAGGCUGUAUCUCCUUCAGACGCUGACGCACGAGAUCGGUCGCACUCUGGGUCUGACUCACAGUAUGAGGGAUGACUCGAUCAUAGAGACUACGACUCCUACGAUCGUCGACGCUACUCGACCGACGACCGCGGCAACGACCACGACGACGACGACGACGACGGCCUCGACGACGACAGCCGCGGCUCAGCCGACGACCGCAAGAACGGUCGAGCCGUCGCUCGCUCCCUCCGAUACCGCGGAUCUAUGCGCCUUGAAGCGCGUAGACGGAGCGCUAAUCAUGAAUCGUCGCCUUCGAGAUGAACGACUGCGCGAUGACCGUCGCGAGGCACGGCGGGAUACGUUUUCCGGGAUACCACCCGCGAUAACGGCCGCCUUCCGCCACGUCGACGGUAAUCUCUAUUUUCUGAAGAAACGCGACUAUUACGCGUACAGCGAGUUCCUCGACGCGAUAAUCUCGGCCGGUCCCUUCGAUCUUAGCAUACUGGGAACAGAAUGCCCAGCCGAUGGCAUUCUGCAUCGAUUGAGCGAACUCGUCUCCAAGCUGUAUCGUUUGGAAUACGCGUCCUUCGAAAGACCGCGCAACGACGACGAUGAUGACGACUAA